AGCUAGCUAUCAUCUUGGAUCUUCCAUCUUUACUUUCACGCGUAGUUUCCUUUCCUUCUAUAUAUAUGUAUAUGUACACAGACUCCAUUACUAAUAAAUUCUCAUAAAAAGUGAGAAUUUUUAAUUAGACCAUCUCUUUCUUCUUCCAUUCCAAAUACAAACUAAUUUUGAGGUGGUUUUGAACCAUGGAGAUGUCUAAUGAGAAGAGUGGGGGAGCUUUGGCUCGUUGGAGUGAUGUUCUCAAAGCCAAAAUUUCAAAGCUAAAGGCCAAGGUGAUUGAGUUAUUUAAGAAGACAAAGAAACUAGCCAAGGAUGAUCCAAGGAGAAUAGUUCAUUCGCUCAAAGUUGGUUUAGCCAUCACUUUGGUGUCAUUGUUUUACUACUUCGAGCCUCUGUACGAUGGUCUCGGCGCCUCUGCUAUGUGGGCUAUCUUAACUGUUGUUGUCGUUUUUGAGUUCUCCGUAGGAGCAACGUUUGGACGAGGAUUGAAUAGGGUUUUGGCGACGUUUCUAGCUGCGGCUUUGGGAUUUGGAGUCCAUUUUUUGGCGGAUUUGGCUGGAGAUAAAGCCCAACCUAUUAUGUUGUCGCUCUCUGUUUUCUUUCUUGCUGCAAUAACGACAUUCGUGCGUUUCUUCCCUCGAAUAAAGGCGAGAUACGACUAUGGCUUCCUCAUCUUCAUCCUGACGUUCUGUUUAGUAUCGGUGUCAGGAUAUAGAGAAGAUGAGAUUCUUAAAGUUGCCUACCGGAGAGCUCUUACAAUUCUCAUUGGAACCUUCAUUGCCAUUCUCAUCUGCAUAUUGAUAUGCCCUGUUUGGGCUGGUGAUGAUCUUCAUUCUCUUGUCUCCAACAACAUUGAGCAACUCGCCAACUUCUUCCAAGGUUUUGGGGUCGAAUAUUCAAAUGAAUGGAAAGAAGACGAGAGGAUUGUUGAAGGAUUUAAGAGUGUAUUGUCAUCAAGACAAACUGAAGAGUCACUUGUUAACUUUGCAAGAUGGGAACCACCCCAUGGCACCUUCAAGUUUCGUCAUCCAUGGAAGCAAUAUAGCAGGAUUGGAAGCUUGACUAGGCAAUGUGCUUAUCGACUCGAAUCUCUUAACACCUACCUUCUCGCUGAAUCUCAAACUCCAUUACAUAUCCGAGACCAACUCAAGGAAUCUUGCACGAAAAUGAGCACUGAAUCAGGCAAAGCUCUGAAGGAUCUAGCAUCUUCCAUAAGAACAAUGACUCUACCGAGGUUGCCAAACCCUCACAUCGAGAAGUCAAAGGCAGCAGCGAAGGACCUGAAGGCAGCGUUGAAGAUCAGACCGUGCAAUAGCAGCAUUGAUCUCCUGGAAAUAGUACCGAUGGCGACUGUGGCUUCUUUGCUCAUUGAUUCCAUUUCUUGUAUUGAGAAGAUUGCAGAGUCAGUUGGUGAAUUGGCGUCACUUGCAAAUUUUAAGUGUCUUGAGGUUGGGAAAUCAGCUAGUUUGAAAUUUCAACAAGAACAGCAGCAAAAGUUGGCAACUCCAGCAAUUGUUAGUGGCCAUUGUCAUGUCGUUACUGUAGAUUAGUGAUAAUGCUUCUUUACAAAAUCUUUUUUUUUUCUUUUAUCUGUGGAAUUGAAGUUCACUUCAUUGUGAACCAUAUUGUAUAAUAAGAGAUUUAGGAACAACUAUACAAAAUGACUACAUUUUUAGAAUACAGUUUAAGAGCCUUUGGUUUUAAAUUAA